AUGAUUUAUGAGUUCAAGAACAUCCAUGCAAAGAUUGAUGGAAACUAUUCUGACCUCAACAAUAAGUACAUGCAACUUGCCUCUCAUCUCAAGGCUUUGGAGAGUCAAGUUGCUUCUAUGCCUUCAUCCUCCAAGCAGCCAAUGGGGUCUCUACCAGGGAAACCAGAAAAGAACCCCAAGGAGUCUUGCAAUGUUGUCUUCUCCACUACUUCUCCAGAGAUUGAGCUGAGUGAUCAUGAGAAAGAGGAGGAUGAGAUUGAAAGACUGGUAUUUGGAACUGAUUUUGGGAAAGUUGAGAGAUUUGUUGUGGCCACAGCUGAAGCACAUAUUGUGAAGGACACUGUCAGGAAGAUUAAAGCAACGAAUCUGCAAAAAGCUGAGCACAAGGCUGAGAAACAAGUUGAGAAGAGAGCUGAAAAAGCUCUCACCAAAGCUCAGAAGAAGGUGCUCUCCAAGUUCAUGAAAGAUCUUAGUGAUGUUGGGGUCAGGGUUCCAGAAAUCUCGGGUAUGCGUGAAGCUCAUGUCCAGAUGAUGCUCAUCAACGACAUUCUAGACUACCAAGCUGACAUGGCCGAGCUUCUGGGCAUCUCCAUUCCGAAGAUUGCUCCACCAAUCCCUCCAAAGUCCCUCCCUAAGCUUGAGUUUCAAGGGAUGUUCACCUUGCCUUGCAACCUUGGUAAGUUCACUUUUGAUGAUGCUCUUGUUGAUUCUGGUGCAAGUGUGAAUGUGAUCUCAAUAGAGAUGAUGAAGCACCUAGGGAUUGAGAGCAUGGAGCCAAACACAUCUUCCCUACAGUUUGGAGAUUCCUCUUCUACAACUCUUAUUGGUCUCAUCAAGGAAUUCCCUUUGAAGAUUGGAGCAUGCACCAUUCCUAUAGACCUCACUGUUCUGAAGAUGGCAACUGAGUAG